AUGCGUGCGGCGGCUACCGCCGACUCUGCACUGUGGCGCGCCCUCUGCACCCGCCGCUGGCACGGCACCUUGAACACGGCGCUCUGGCCGCUGCGCCCAUCAGCGCCGCCGCAGCAGCCGCAGCAGCAGCCGCAACAACAGCAACCGCGAGCUGAUUACAGAGCAGUCUUUGCGAGCGACAAUGGCUGGUCGGCGCCGCGGCUGGCCACCCAGCGCUAUGCCGGCAGCUCCUGGUCAGAUGAGCUGGUGGCCCUGCACCCCAGCACUGCCCCGGAUGGCACCACCACAAUCGUCGUUUCUUCGUGCAAAGAACUUCGCAUUUUGGAGGCGGGCCCCUCGCCAGAGGACCAGGUGCAGAUUCGGCGGGCUGCCAACGUCGCGCUCCGCUCUGGUCGCGAGCUGUGGAGCAGCGUGGCAGCCCUGCCCGCUACGGUGGCUGGUGCAGAAGGCCUGGUGGCGGCAGGGGGCUGCCACGGCCGCCUGGCCCUGUUUCGGCUGCCAGAGGCGCACGGCAGCGCGCCCAGCGCAGACGUCAUGGAGCCGGCCUCCUCUUUGGUGUUUCCUGGCAACAGGCGCGUCUGCAUCAUCAGCCAGCUUCACUACCUGCCCUCGCAGCAGCGCGUCGCAGUGCUGCACGACUCGCUAGCGGCGCUGCGCGCCACGCCGCAGCACAGCAGGCUCAGCGUGGUGGAUGUCGCCAGCUGGCGCGAGGUGGCACCCGGCAUGGCAGACGUGCUGGCUGGGUACGAGCUGGCGGCGGUGGCCCCGGCGGGGCCCAGUGGUAGCGAGCUGCUGGCCAGCUCCGUGCGGCUGUCCGAUGACCAGGCCGCCGGCUGGCCCUGCCAGCGGUGCUACUCCGUCACGCCUGCCGCCCUCUGCUUCCACAAAGCCGCCGCCUCGUCCGCCGCGCUGUGCGUGUUUGACCUGCGUGCCUCGCAGCCCAUGGUCGCCCGCUACUCCACCCACCACCGCAGCCUGCACCCGCACCUGGAGCUGACGAGGGGGCACUUCUGCCUCACCAGCCACGCCGGCGUGCCCCUCGCUGUAUGGGACCGCAGGCAGAUGAAUGGGCCGGUGUAUGAGGCACCGCCGCUGCCCCGUGAGCUGGAUCCGCGGCUGGCUGCCUCCGGCUGGCUGCCGCUGGAGCACCCGGAGCUGCAUGAGCAGCCAACCAGCCAAGGCCUCCACCUGUCCGCCACGUCAGACCUGCUCCUUGGGCGAGCAGAUAAUGGGAUGUGCUGGCUGUGGGAUCUCUCAGAGUGCAUGGGCUGGGCAGACGGCAGCCAUGCCGGCAGCUGGCUGCGCAACAGACAGCAGGUGCAGCGGCCGGCAAGCAGCCACGGCGGUGUGGCAAGUGCGCAGCAGGCUGGCGGGGCAGCAGGCGAGGCGGCGCCAGGUGGCGCCGAUGUGGAGAUGUCCGAGGGGCCUGCAGGCGGCGACCAUGAGGGCCAUAUGAACGAGCAUAAUUUUGACCGGGGCCCGCUGCCCCUGGGCUGCAUCGGCGCUCCGUACGAGGCCUGGUGCACGUCUGAGGACGGCGAGGCCGCCCCGCUGCACUGGCUGCCCUGCGCCGCCGCCUGGAUGGCGCACAACCGCGUGGUGGCACUGGGCGGGCUGGAGGUGGAGGACAAGCAGCGCCUCUUCCCGGCACACGCCCAGGGCAACCCCUACCCCUCCAAUGCGCUGGUGGUGGCCAGCCUGUCUGGCGGGGAAUAAUAAUCAGCCGGUGCAACCGCCACUGCAAGGGGCGGCGGGGACAGGGCGGUGGGCUGGACCUCCCCCCGGGGUUUGCAGGGCUUCGAUUCUCCCGGCUCGCUGCCCCUUUUCGCCUCUGUUCCUACCCUAUUUUAAUCCAUUCACCCUA